AUGAGCUCGAGACUCCGCCAACCCAGCUUCUUGGGUUGGCCCCAUGUCGGUGCCACAAAUGCUCCGUAUCAGUCAAGCAAAUGUUUUGCUCCACUAAGCGCUAUCAACAAUUGCAGCACGCACCAUUGCAGGCGCAAAGCGUUGGUUCGACGCGUCGGCGUGGCGACGCUGUACGCGGACCACAAACGAUACCCUCAUCGCGUUUGUCACCGGUUCGGUUGUCCUUGGACACGCUCCCUCCGUACAGACGUACCUCGGCCAGUGCCCGGUUCAAUAAGCGCGGCAUUAUGUUCUCCCAGUACUCCUCGGGCUCCAUCGACGCUGCUUCCGAUAGCAUAUCAGUGA